UUUUAUUUUUGUUUUUCUAAAGAAGAAUGUUACUAUUAUCUUAAUAACAAAUAUCGUUUCAAUGUAUGUACCAAUUGAAGUUAAUGGAAGGCAGUACAAUGAAAAAAAGCCAUUACUUUACAAAAAUGACACGGAAAAAUUAAAAUCGAAUAUUCGUCCUUUAAUAGCAAGUUUUAUUGCUUCCAUAUUGUCGUUUGCCUCAGGACCUGUAAUAGCAGGAUGGGUUCCUCCCAAUAAAACUACAAAUAUGGGUGAAAUGAUGUUUAUGGUAUCAGAAGAACAAACAUCGUGGAUAAUAUCUAUUUAUUUAAUAGGUUCAUUAAUUGGAGCUCUUCUCGCAGGCCAUAUAUCUCAAGUUAUAGGUAGAAAAACAUCACUUUUACUAAUUGGUAUUCCUAUGUCGCUUGGCUGGAUCAUUAUUUAUAUUUAUAACAACAGUGAUGUAAAUAUGAUAUACUUAGGUAGACUACUAUGUGGUUUUUCUGUUGGCGCAAUAACAGUAGCUGUACCUUUGUAUAAUCAAGAAAUUGCUUCAGAUAUUUGUCGAGGAAGAGGAGGAGUAUUUUUGGAUUUCAUGUUAUGUCUGGGAAUAUUGUAUUCAUACUCAAUUAGUGCUUUUGUAGGACUUCCAGCAUUUUCUUUAUCUUGCUCAGUAAUACCUAUUAUAUUUGCAAUUCUGUUUGCAUUUAUGCCUGAAUCACCAUCAUUUCUUUAUGGUAAAGGACUUUUAAAUGAAGCUAUAGCUCCUUUAAGGUGGUUAAAAGGAGAUGAUUGUAAUAUUGAAGAAGAAUUUAAAAUCUUAGAAAAGGUAAAAAACCAGGCCAUUCUUUCCAAAGCUCAAAAUACAGUUACCAGAGAUAAUAACUACAAUAUUAGACUAGUUAAUAGAAAAGCACUGGCAUUAUCUUUUGCAUUAGUGUGUAUACAAAGAGCAUCUGGAGCUGGUGCUAUUAUACAGUACACUGGAAAAUUAUUUUUAUUGUCUGAUUCAUCUGUAAAACCAGCAACGGCUUCUAUAAUAACAGGAAUUUUUCAAGUCAUAGCUUCGGGUGCUUCCAUUUUACUCAUUGAUAAAGUUGGUCGCAGGCGACUUCUCAUGAUUUCAUCAUCAGCAGUAAUUAUUUGUCUUGCGCUGUUAGCUUCUUACUUCUAUUUUUUGGAAGCGGGACUAUUGGUGAACACGUGGUUGGAAAUUAUGCCAGUUAUUAUUUUAUGUAUACAUAUUUUUUUCUUUAGAUUAGGCUUAGGACCUAUACCAUGGUUUAUGGGAAGUGAACUUAUAGGAUCUGAACAGAAUAACUUUGCUCAAUCAUCAGUAGCAGCAUUUUCUUGGAUCCUUUUUUUCUUUAUUUUAAAAUCUUUCAAUCCUUUAGUUGAGAGUUUCCCAGUUGGUGUAUGGAUUGGUUUCAUGAUUAUGUCUAUAAUAGGAUUUACUGUCAUUUUACUUUUCAUACCAGAAACUAAUAAUAAAAGUAGAGAAGAAAUUAAGCGAGCAUUACAAAAAAGUGUACAAUGUUUUUCCUAAAUAUAUCUGUGAUACCUUUAAAUUUUAAUAAUUAUUAAAAUACUAUUUCUGUAUUAAAAGAUUAACUAAUUUAAUAUUUAUUAAAUAUGUUAUACUUAGUUUUAUUGUAAAUAUUCUUCAAU